CCACGUUUUCCCCACCUCCCAAUCCACCCGAUUUUCGGUCACGUACCGACGUACUACUGUGUAUAAUCUCAUUUUCCCUUUUUUUUUCUCUCUUUGCGUUCACGUAUAUCAUCGUCUAUUUCUCUCUUUCUCUCUCCUCAAAAAACUCCCCACCCCAUAGAUCACACGCACGAGCAAAGCAGAGAGAGAGAGGAGAGAGAGAUCGUGGAGAGGAGAGAGAGGGAGGAGAGAUAUAUUGUGGAAGAGAGAGAGAGAGAGAGAGAGGCGUUGGUGCCGGUGGAGUUUGGAAGAAGAGGUUCCUGCGGCCGGGGCAUAUUCCCUGCCAGGGUCCCCUCCUCCCUCCCAUCCCUCCCCUGAUAAACGCAGCCCUCUCGGAGAGGCAGGAGGAGGGACGGAGAGGGCAAGAUGCGUUCUUGACGAGGCAGAACCGUUCCCUGCGCGGCUUUUCCAGAUCCAGGCAUCAUUUUGUCGGUUGAUCUAUAUUCUAUGAUGGUUCUUUACUUAGCAUCCCAUCUUGACGUGGCAAUGGCUCCCUAGCCUCACGGCACUCUAAUAAAAACAAUUUUAUUCAAAAUGAAGCUCUAGCAUCACGCUUUCUUAGAUUAUUUGGAUAGUUUCUUAGGAUAGCAAAACAGUCUUAGUGGAGAUUAUGUCCAUCCAAGCUUUUCUCCCUGCAGAGAUAGACCUGUAAUUACGCCAGAAUUGUACUUUUUUUAGUAACCACUAUAGCUGUAACAUUAGUAGUCGAAAUGUCUUAAUAGUGUUGCCAUUGCGAAAUUUGUGUGAAGAAGUUCAGCAGGUGGCUUGCUCUUUUAGAUACUGUUUUUCCUGAAGUUUCAUGGAGACUUCGAUAUCUCCGCCAGGGACAUCAAAGCAAUCAGCUGUUCGCAGACCUUCUCCUGGGAGCUCUCUUAAGGAUCUGUGUCUUGUAUCGAAACAAGGGUCAAUAGCUGAAGUGGAAUCUACUUUGGCCUUGUUGAAAAAGAGUGGUGGGAACAUUGAUGGUAGAAAUUCAUUUGGCCUUAGUGCGCUCCACCUUGCAACAUGGAGAAAUCAUCUACCUAUUUUGAGAAGGCUCUUAGAUGCCGGUGCUGAUCCAGAUGCAAGGGAUGGAGAAUCUGGCUGGAGCAGCCUGCAUAGAGCGCUUCAUUUUGGUCACCUGUGUGUUGCUGGUGUUCUACUGCAGUUUGGUGCUUCCCUCACUUUGGAGGACACCAAGGGUCGUACACCUAUUGAUCUUCUCUCCUGCCCUGUAUCACAGGCUAGCGGGGAUUCCCCUGAUUCAGUUGCAACGGAAGUCUUCAGUUGGGGAAGUGGGACAAAUUAUCAGCUGGGAACUGGCAAUGCCCACAUACAAAAACUGCCAUGCAAAGUAGAUGCCUUGCAUGGGUCGAAUAUCAAAACAGUUGCUGCAUCAAAGUUCCAUAGUGUAGCAGUUAGUUCUGAUGGUGAACUAUACACAUGGGGAUUUGGUCGAGGUGGUCGUCUUGGUCAUCCGGAUAUUCACAGUGGCCAGACUACUGCUGUGAUUACCCCUCAACAAGUGACAGUAGGAUUAGGCCGUAAACGAGUGAAUGUUGUGGCUGCAGCCAAACAUCAUACUGUGAUUGCUACUGAGGCCGGGGAAUUGUUUACCUGGGGAUCAAAUAGAGAGGGUCAGCUUGGUUACCCUUCUGUUGAUACCCAAUCAACACCAAGACGUGUUAGUUCCCUCAAACAAAGGAUAGUUGCAGUAGCUGCUGCAAACAAGCACUCUGCUGCGGUUGCUGAGACCGGUGAAGUAUUCACCUGGGGUUGCAAUAAGGAGGGCCAGUUAGGAUAUGGCACUUCAAACUCAGCAUCCAAUUGUAUUCCAAGAAUGGUGGAGUACUUGAAAGGAAAAUUAUUUAGAGGUGUAUCUGCAGCAAAAUACCAUACUAUAGUGUUAGGAGCUGAUGGUGAGGUGUUCACUUGGGGUCAUCGCCUCGUGACCCCGCGCCGCGUUGUAGUAGCUAGAUGUCUUAAGAAGGGUGGAAAUACAAACCUGAAGUUUCAUCGUAUGGAGCGACUUCAGGUGAUCUCAGUGGUUGCUGGAAUGACUCACAGUACUGCGUUAACAGCUGAUGGUGCUCUUUUCUACUGGGUUUCGUCAGAUCCUGAUUUAAAAUGCCAGCAGAUAUUUUCAAUGUGUGCAAGGAAUGUUGUAAGCAUCUCGGCAGGAAAGUACUGGACUGCACUGGCUACAUCAACUGGUGAUGUUUUCAUGUGGGAUGCAAAGAAACGUAAGGAUGAAACCCCAGUUUUUACUCGAGUGCAUGGUGUUAAGCGAGCAACGUCAGUUUGUGUUGGUGAAACACAUAUGCUUGUGCUCUCUAGUAUAUACCACCCUGAGUAUCCGCCCAAACCUAAAAUCCAAGGUGAAAAAUCCAUGUCAGAAUGGAAUGGUGGGAUGGAAGAGUUGGAUGAAGAUAUCAUGUUUAAUGAUGUCCAGACUGACAGUAGUGUAUCCGGAAGCAGCGGUCAAAUGAGCACAGGCGUACCUAGUUUGAAAAGCCUCUGUGAGAAGGUUGCAAUUGAGUAUUUAAUGGAGCCAAAGAAUGCAAUACAACUUCUUGAAGUUGCUGAUUCCUUGGAAGCCAAGGAGCUCAAGAAGCAUUGUGAGGAUAUAGCUAUUCGCAACCUUGAUUACAUUUUCACAGUAGCAGCUCCUUCAAUUAUGAAUGCUUCUCCUGAAAUUCUUGCGAACUUAGAGAGAUUUCUGGAUGAAAAAUCCUCAGAGCCCUGGAGUCAGCGCCGUCUUCCCACAAUGACAGCUACUUAUCCUGCUGUCAUUGAUAGUGAUGGAGAGGAAGAUGAAGCAGGAGAAUUCCACAGGCCCCGGCACUGUAGGAAGUCUGCAUCAAGGUCAUAUGGAAUGUCAAGUUAUGAGAACUUCCUUAAAAAAGACUGCAAUGCUGAACAAGCUGUCUCUAAGCAGAUCAGGGCACUUCGUAAGAAACUGCAACAAAUUGAGAUUCUCGAGGCUAAACAACUUGCAGGUCAUCAGCUUGACAAUCAGCAGCUAGCAAAGCUCGAGUCUAGGGCUGACCUUGAAGGUGAACUUGCUGAACUUGGCGUUCCCUCAGAGGCAUAUUCAAGAACUUCCUCUGUUUGUCAAGCAGAAGGUAGGACAAACAGAAAACCUGAGGUUUCUAAGAAACAGAAGAGAAAGAAUAAGCAAGCAGCAAAAUCUGAUACUCCUGUAAAAGGUGAGGGCCAGCAGCAAAACUCCAGUAAGGAGCUUCAAGAAGUCGAACAAGCCAAUGUCUUCGCAGAAAAGCAGGAAGCGAGUGUUGCUGAUCCAAUCAAACACGCAGAGGAUGCCUCUCUCAGUAACACAAAAGACAUUGCCUGUCCAUUAGAGAAGAAACCUUCCCAACCAACUUCAAAAAAGAAGAAUAGGAAAGGUGGCUUGUCGUUGUUUCUGAGUGGUGCUCUUGAUGACACCCCAAAACCAAGCCCGCCUACUCCUGUUGUGCCUGCCACCCCAAAGCAUGAAGGACCUGCCUGGGGUGGUGCUAAGAUAACGAAGGGGCCUGCCUCCCUUCGGGAUAUCCAAAGCGAGCAGAGGAAAACGAAUGAGCCGAUCACCACCAAGGCAAAAGAUCGCUUUGAAAACUCACCUGAUGCUGCUGGGCGUGUGAGACUUUCUUCAUUUAUUCCAGAUGCACGCUCAAGCCCAAUAGCUGUCACGCCUGCUCGUGCAGUACCUGCUUCUGAAGGGGACAGGAGCACACCACCUUGGUCCUCGUCUGCUACUUCACCUAAUGUGUUGCGGCCUUCGCUCAGGGACAUACAGAUACAGCAGGAGAAGCGGCACCAUGGCAUCUCCCACAGUCCGAAAACCCGGACAUCAGGCUUCGCCAUACCAUCCCAGGGCACAUCACCAGAGGUUGGUGGCGUGAAGGAUAACGUUCCCAACCGCUGGUUCAAGCCAGAGACUGAUGCUCCAUCCUCCAUCCGCUCAAUCCAGAUCGAGGAGCAGGCGAUGAAGGAUUUCAAGCGCUUCUACAGCAGCGUGAGGAUCGUCAAGCCACAGGUCCAGUGAUGGUUGUGGCCUUUCUGAAGAGUUACUGAUCCCGUUUAGGCUCACCUCGCAUUCUAAUGGUUCAUUGUACAUUGAGAUGUACAGUCAGUUUCGUUCACCAUAGGUUCAUUUAGCUGAAUAAAGUUCAAAGCACCCUUUGCUUUCGUUUUCGCAGAAGUGAUCUCAUUUAGCUUUGACAGAUGGAUGUAUAGGUCAUGUGAGAUCACCCUGCUUGGUUUAACUUCUGCAAAUGUUUUUUCCCACCAAAAUAUCUUUGGUUGUUGCAAUCAAAGCUCAUAAACUGUGGCGUGUCUGCACUCAGGCGCUUGCCAUUUUCAUUUAUUCAAUCCUCACUUCGGCAUUUGCCCCA